AUGGCGAUCCCCAGAACCUCUCAGCUCUUCCGAUCGCUAGCGGUGCUUCUGGCGGCGGCGGUGCUGGUCUUCGCCGUCGUGCCCGCCGUGACCCCCGCGGCGGAGCCGUACGAUCUGGUCUACAAGGGCUGCGCUAAUCAGAGCUUCCCUUCAGACGGGCUCGCCUACCCGCAGGCCCUGGCCGCCCUCUCCUCCGCCCUCGUCGCCAAAUCCGCGGCCUCCAUGUUCUACAAGACGACCACCGCCGGCGGCGGCGGCCAGCCGUCCCUCUUCGGGCUCUUCCAGUGCCGCGGCGACCUCAGCGCCGCCGACUGCGCCGCCUGCGUCGGCCGUAUCCCCGCAAUGUGGGGGAGCCUCUGCGGCCAGACCACCGCCGCACGGAUCCAGCUCUCUGGAUGCUACGGCCUCUACGAGAUCUCCGGCUUUCCGCAGGUCUCCGGUACCAAGAUGCUCUACAAGGAGUGCGGCCGCUCGGGCGGCGCCGGCGGCGGCUUCGAGGAGAAGAGGGACACGGCCUUUGCGAGCCUCGAGAGCGCGAUGGCAGCCGGCAGCGCCGGGGGAUUCUACGCCGCCGGCAAUGGGAACCUGCGCGUGAUGGCGCAGUGCGAGGGGGACCUCUCGGUCGCGGAUUGCGCAGAGUGCGUGACGGAGUCGGUGCAGAAGGCGGAGGUGGAGUGCGGAGGGGCCAGCUCAGGGCGUAUGUACCUCGACAAAUGCUACCUCAGCUACGGCUCCUUCCCCGACGGCGGCGGCGGCGGCGGCGGAGGAGGAGAAGGAGGUGGUGGCGGAGCUUCAGGUACGCAGUCGGUGCGAAGGGUGGCCGACAGCUCAUCCUCACGAUUCGGGAGGUUCCGGUAG